AUCUUUGUGCUACUAAAUUUCUCUCGGUGGCUCAUCACACACUACUGGUUGUAUUUGGCCAAGUCCUCCACCACUGCCGACGCCGCAGGGCGCCUGGCCUCCCUCGACUUGAUGGCAAUUUCUAUCACAACCGGACUCGGUGACCUUCUGGGCACUCUGCUACUCACCCUCGCUCUCCUGGUCGCUGAUGCAUAG